AUGACAACGGCGUUAAGUAGUUUGCUGGAACAACGUCUCAGCAAUAUUACCGAUCGAUUACGAAAUAUUCAUUAUUAUCGAAUCAAUUUCUUGCUUCGGAGUUCUUAUGGCGAUCUAGGAAACAUGUACAAACAAACAGAACCUAACCAACAAGUGAACAGCAAUACAUUUCUGUCGAAUGUGAUUAGUGAUACAAUGCAUGGAUUGAAUAUGAAACAAAUACAACUAUUCAGUAGAGGACCAUGCUACGUGCCACCGUGCCAGUCACGACUCCUCUCACCAUCUUCCAAUCUAACAAGCACGUCAGUUGUAGACAUCGUCAAGAAACAGUAUGCACCAUUGAAACAUCAAAUAGCUGGUCUUCUUUCAAAACAUCGUAUCAAUAUUGUUUCGUCAUGGGAUAUCCAUUCAAAUAUCCAUAAAAAAUUUACUGAUCUUUUUUUCCAUUUAAAUUCCACACGAUGUUCAGCAACGCACCAUGUACGAGAUGAAAUUAGUUCAAUCGAUACACUCUUGUCUCAGACUCAACAAUCUUAUUCUGCAACGAACACUCGACAAUCGAGACGACAGCAAUCACAACCACCACAGGAUCCGCAAUAUCUACUGAGUAGAAGAAUUGAAGCAAUCAACUUCGCAUUGGAAACUUUGGAAAAAUGGAAAGCGUUGAAUCAUGACGCUAUCAGCAAGCUUACAACCGAGCCAAACAAGGUCAAACUACCUCAUCUGUAUUUUCUACCGGAUAUUUCCAAAAGCAGCGAGAUGUCACUUGUGCCAAUGAUCGUUGCAGCUCAGAGCAUAACAUCAAACAUUGCCAGGUAUGUCAACCAACUGAUUCGGCCAUUUGCUGACGAGAAGAUGAAGCCAGUGACAUUCUACAAUGAAGCGGAUUUUAUGAGAAAACUUAUCACCUAUGCAUGUGACCAACGUCGCCUCAAACCAACAACUCUGUUCUGUACGAUUCAUGUGACGAACUUCUAUUCGCUAGAUGAACAUCAUGCAAUGAUUGACACCAUCAUCUUUUUCUUACAAGACAAAUCAGCCAACAACAAAGUCAACCAAAUAUCCAUUAACACCAUUAAAAAUCUCUUACAGCUCUACCUCUACAACAAUCUUUUUUCAUUCCAAAAUAAAAUUUACACUAUGAAAAAGGGCAGUCCAAGCACUGUGCCAUUAACUGAAACCUUGGCUAACAUUUACCUGUAUGAUUGGCAAAAAUCAAUAUUGAAUCAAUUUGAAUACAAUCAAGAACUGUUCGGAAGAAACCAAGAUCGUAUCUUUUUCACAUGGAAUCAGUCGCUGAGACAAAGGCAACCAAACGUUCGUUUCCGAUUAGCCACUGGCUCAAACGUCCACUAUUGGAAUGCUUACAUUGAAAAUCGAAAGAGUGAACUCAACACUCGAGUGUAUCAUGAUCCAAUGGCACUACGUUACACAUUACCGUACGUUGUUAGUCAGUCCAAAAUGCGACAUAGCGAGUGGCUUCGAUCAGCACUUCUUCGAGCUGUUUGCUAUUGUUCAUCAGCUGAAGACUUUCAUCAGGAACGCAUCUAUCUUGAAUUAACGUAUCUGGCCAAUGGCUAUUCAUUUUACUUUGUUGAAAGUCAUGUACAACACUUCUUCGACUACUUCGAGUUGCAAAUGCAACGAUCAACACAACUUCAAGAAUUGAAUGAUAACAAUCAAAUAGCUCGCUUCAACUAUUACUAUGAUUACGGGCCGUGGUGUGAAUUCAAUCGAUACUUUCAUGAACUAUGGUCAAAGCAUUUCGCCUCACAUCCGACACUCUGCGAUGAGAAAUCGAAGAUUCAACUAACGACAAAACAUGUUCAUACACUCAACGCUUUGCUAUCGUCUCGUACAUAA